AACAUAUUAUAUAGCUACACCUACAGUACUAGUCUUCCCACCCCUGUCCCCACGCAGACACACACACACAUAUAUAUAUAUAUACAUAUACACAUAAUUAAUCUUGAUCACUAAUCCACAAUAAUAUUCAACUCAACUGGGGCUGCAAUUGCAAUUAGUUUGCAUGAAAGGCAUCAGUAGAGAUCCUCACCAAAAGAGAGAUAGUAGUAGUAGUAGUAGUAACAGGUACAAGUGUAAAGGUUGUUGUGUUUGUGUGAUUUUGUUAAUAAUACUAGUCAUCAUCUUGUUUGGGGUUGGGAUAUACUCCUACUGUGAUGAGAUCAGUACUGAGAAUGGUACUGUUUAUAUCAAUGGAAGUUCUGCCAUUGGAAGAAUAGAUGAUGACUUUGUGUGCGUAACUCUUGACUGGUGGCCUCCUCACAAAUGCGACUAUGGGACUUGUAGCUGGGGAAAUGCUUCUCUUCUUAAUCUAGACCUCACCAAUCCCAUUCUUCAAAGUGCUCUACAAGCACUUUCACCCUUGAAGAUUAGGCUAGGGGGCACUUUACAAGACAAAGUCAUAUACCAGAACGAGAGUGAAAAAACUAAAGCAGCCCAAUCUUGUACUCACUUUGAUUUUGUUAAAAAUGGCUCUGAAUUAUUUAGCUUCUCUCAUGGUUGCUUAUCUAUGUCUCGGUGGGAUCAACUCAACCUUUUCUUCCAAAAAACUGGGGCUGUUAUUAUUUUUGGUCUAAAUGCCCUAAGUGGCAAGAUAAUAGAUUCACAUGGCUUAGCAACAGGAGCUUGGGAUUCCACCAAUGCUGAAUCUCUCAUACGGUAUACAGUUAACAAAGGUUACCAAAUUCAUGGUUGGGAACUUGGAAAUGAAGUGAGUGGAAAUGGAAUUGGUGCAAGAAUCACAGCAGAGCAAUAUGCAUCAGAUAUUAACCAUCUUCAAAACAUAGUUAAGAAAAUUUAUAAUGGUUCUAAAGUAAUAAAGCCUUUGGUUCUUGCACCAGGAGGGUUCUUUGAUCCCAUUUGGUUCAAAAAGUUUAUUGACAAAGCUUCUAAAUCUCUUCAAGUAGUCACUCAUCACGUUUAUAACCUUGGUCCAGGCAGUGAUGAACAUCUUAUUGACAAGAUCCUACAUCCGUCUUUUCUAAACGGUGAAUCGAAUACUUUGAGUAGCCUUCAAAACAUUCUUAAGCAUUCAGGGACUUCAGCAGUUGCUUGGGUUGGGGAAGCAGGAGGAGCUUACAACAGUGGCCGCAAUCUUGUUACCAAUGCUUUUGUUUUCAGUUUCUGGUACUUGGACCAGCUUGGUAUGGCAGCAUCUUAUGAUACCAAAACAUAUUGCAGACAAACAUUAGUUGGUGGAAAUUAUGGUCUUCUCAAUACAAAUACUUUUGUCCCAAAUCCAGAUUAUUACAGCUACUACAGUGCUCUUCUUUGGCACCGAUUGAUGGGAAACAAUGUCCUGUCCACAAGCUUUUCUGGGCAAGCCAAAUUGCGCACUUAUGCUCACUGUUCCAAGAAAAGUAAAGGAAUAACAUUGCUCUUAAUCAAUCUAGAGAAGAGCACUGCGGUUCAAGUACUUGUUUCAACAACAGCUUCAACAUCCAAUACUUCGUCUCAUAUUGAAAGAGAAGAGUAUCACUUAAUGGCUGGAAAUGGAGAUUUACAUAGCCAAACGGUACUUCUAAAUGGAAAAGUACUAACUAUAGAUUCAUCUGGAGUAAUCCCAAGCCUGGAACCAGUAUUUAAAAGGGUAUCAGAUCCAAUAACUGUCUCCCCUUACUCUCUUGUAUUUGUUGUCAUUCCAAACAUUAAUGUGUUAGCCUGCUAGUACUUAAUAUGAAACUUUGCUUUAUUUUUGCAAAA